AUGUCUGCUGAAACAACAAAGAACGAAAUUGAUUCAGACCAAUCGGUGGUUUUACAUGAUAGAUAUGCACAUGACUCUGUUGAAAAACUAGGAGCUUCUGAGCUUCCGCAAAGCGUAGAUCUCGGUGAUGACGAGGUUCAGAAAGUAAGCGAAGGUGAAGAGGAGACUGUUGACCCUAGAACUUUGGAUUGGGAUGGUCCUGAUGAUAUGGCAAAUCCGCAUAAUUGGCCCUCUUGGAAAAAAUGGUAUACAACCAUGGUUGCCGCUCUACUUUGUUUGGCUGUCACCAUGGGAUCCUCAACAUAUGUCUCAUCCGUUCCAGAACUGGUCGCCCGCUAUGGUAUUAAUCAGACGUUGGCACUAGCGGGGCUAACGUUUUAUUUGCUGGGUCUUUCUACUGUUAUUGGUGCCCCAUUGAGUGAAGUUUUUGGCCGGAAACCUAUUUAUUUAUUUUCAUUGCCAAUUUCAAUGCUGUUUACUAUGGGAGUGGGCUUAUCUAAUGGUCACAUGAGAAUUAUCUUGCCACUGAGAUUUUUUUCAGGAGUAUUUGGGUCUCCUUGUUUGUCAAUUGGGUCAGGAACCAUUAUGGACAUCUUCGAUGUUGACCAAGUCUCUGUAGCAAUGACAUUCUUCUGUUUAUCCCCUUUCCUAGGACCUGUUAUAUCUCCAUUUAUCGCAGGGUUUGCUACAGAAUAUCAAGGGUGGCGUUGGGCUGAAUGGAUUCAAUUAUUCGCUGGUGGAUUAAUUUUACCUUUCAUUGUACUAAUGCCAGAAACGCAUAAAGGUAUUAUAUUAAGAAAGCGAGCCGAAAAAAGAGGCAUAAAUCUGAAAAAGUUUACCAAAGAGGAUCAAAAGGAAUUUUUAAAAAUUACUAUGACUAUUACUGUUUUCCGCCCAUUAAAAAUGUUGGUUGUCGAACCCAUUGUCUUGGUUUUUAGUAUUUAUGUUGCUUUUAUCUUUGCUGUUCUUUUCGCUUUCUUUGAAGCUUACCCUGUGAUUUACCGUGGUGUUUAUCAUAUGGAUAUUGGUGUCUCUGGUCUACCAUUUAUUGGUAUUGGUAUUGGUCUUUGGAUUGGUAGUUUUGUUUAUCUUUAUGUCGACAGAAAAUUCUUAUUUCCAAAGGCCCCUGAAGGAACACCACCUUUAGAAAAUCCAACAUCUUUGAGAACUGAACCAUAUAGAGGACAUAGAGAUAAAAUAACUGGAAAAUUGGCACCAAUUGUCCCGGAGAGAUUUUUGUUGGCAUGUAAGAUAGGUUCUCUUGCGUUGCCCGUCGGUCUUUUUUGGCAAGCUUGGACUGCAAGAUCUGAUGUCCAUUGGAUGGCUCCAGUGGCAGCAGGUGUUCCAUUUGGAUUUGGUUUAAUUCUUAUCUUCUUUAGUGUUAUCAUGUACUUUUCGACAUGUUAUCCACCAUUAUGUGUUGCUUCUACCUUGGCCGCAAAUAAUCUUUUAAGAUAUAUUACUAGUAGUGUCUUCCCUCUGUUUACAAUUCAAAUGUAUGAAAAGAUGCAAAUUAAAUGGGCUUCUACUUUAUUUGCUUUGAUCUGUGUGGUAAUGGUUCCAAUUCCAUGGAUUUUCGAAAGAUGGGGGAGUAAAUUAAGACAUAGAUCAGUCUUUGGUUAUGCAGCUCUAAUGAAAGAACAACAGGAGAAGAAUGCUGAAUUGAAUAUGAGUGACUCAGAGCAUGAAGAUGAAGGAAGCAUAAUAUCACAUCAACGUGACAGAGAUGAAAAUCUGGAUGAAGAAUUAGAUUUGAAUAAGAUGGAUACUUUAAGGACAAUGGAAACUGAUAUUUCGAGAGCGGGUGAUAGAGAUUCUUUUGCUUUAGAAAGAGUGUAUACAGGUCGAAGUAACAAAUCUGGUGCCAUGCAUCCAAUUCCACAGAGAACAACAACAAUCGAUUCUCCAAAUAAUAUAUAUUCUGAGAUUAAAGACGUGGAAGAAGAUUCGUUUUCAAGGGAAAUUGCAACUGAACAUUCGUCAAGAUUAGUUUAA